AGAUUAGACUAGACUAGACUAGACUAGACUAGAUUAGACUAGACUAUAUUAGACUAGAUUAUUCAGUGAUAGUUUCAAAAUGAAUUCAGACUUUGAAGGCCUAAUCGCAGCUAGAUUUGAUGAGCCUAUUCCUAAGAGAAUAUAAUCUUUAUUGAUGAAGAUUCAAUUUUUUUAACAGAAAAAAUGAAAAUUUUAAGAAAUGUAGCAAAUAGAAUGCAACAGUUUAUUCGUAAAUCAUUAAGCGAGCAGUGAUCUUGAACUGCUACAGAUGUCUUCUGGUUCAAUGAUAAUAAUGUAAUAUGUAGAAAUAAUUUACACAUCAAUUUACAGAAGAAGUUCACAAGACGCACGAACAGAAUAAAGUGAAUUAAUAAAACAAUUUUGUGUGAACAUAUUCACAUAUUUGUUACUUGUGACUGUAUACAAUUAAAGAAAGGUGCUUUCCAAUCCUUUAGUUAGCUUUUUCAGAACUUUAGUUACAACUUUGCUAGAAUAACGACUUAUUACAAUGAAUUAAAGAAUUCUUACAGUAAGAGGUUUUGGACAUUUACAAUGUUAAAUACAUUGUUCCUGCGCCCUUAUCGACGACUGUACAUCAGUCAGGUUGCUAUCAGCGAGAAAUACAGGAAUCAAAAUUCCGACCCGAGUAGAUCCGAUUUUUAUUCAGCAAUCGUCGCGCCAGGCCCUAAAAUCGUCGCCGAUCGCCGAUUUCGCCACAGUCGAAACAAACCGCUAUCAAAUUCCAAUCACGCAUAAUCCCGAGGUCGUAUGCAGGUGAAAAUGGAGCACAAGGCGAACUGUCCAGUCAGUGUCACCUGGAAAACCGAAAUUCUACGGUGCUCUGACAGUCACGCUCUGUCUCUCGCAAAGUUUGGUGCGGUUUGAACCACUUUAUACCGCAAUUCCAACGCAACUACCAACAAAGUAGUAGUCUAACUUUUGCAGAUCGAUAUUUCCACAAGUGUAGGGAAAGAGCAACGAGAGAAAGCGCAACGAGGUUCCACGGGCAAAUGGUGUUUCUGAAAUUCAGUGCCAGCGGGUUUGUUAUAGUGUUCGCGCGGUUCCGCGAUGCAUGCGUGAUUCACGGAGCAUGAUUCCGUGGGUGUGACGACGUGUACAGGGUUUUCCGCGUUCCAUAUGCAGAAUGGCCAUUGGCUAAACGAUCAGUACCAUUUAAAUCGAAUAAGGUCGACCGAGGAAUACAAAUCGUCUCGUUAGUCGCGUUUUUCUCAUUUUCCUGGCGGACCAUCGGUGGUUGCACACGCCGGUUGUUGACGUGAUGGGAAUAUGAAAAGAAGAGACAUGUGCUUGACUGCUUCCUUAUCGAGCGGGUGGUAAACUGCUCCCCGACAGCACCCGUUUCCUUGUUUUUCUGGUUCUCACUGUUAUUCGAACUCCUUGCACGGUGUUAUCUUGUUCUGAAUGUGUCGAAUGCACCGUUUGGACACGUCUGCACUGGGGUUUCUAAAAUGAAGACACCAUUGAUCUCUUCAUUGCCAACCGGAUUAUUCCUCCUAUUCUUCGUUAGCCCCCUUCGAAGCGACCCUCAACAAACUCUAUGGUCAAAUUAUGCGAUUCAUCGGCCUAUAGAUCCUAGAUUGCAGUCGGUAGAAGUAUUUCCUGAUCAAUAUAGUGCACCAAGUAUUCAAAGGCCACCAUCAUACGCAGCUCAUUACGUAUCCCAAGAUGAUCCAAGCCAAUUUCGGAUCGAAACUUCAAGAUAUCUUGCGAAAACACCUGAAGCAAGGUAUCAGUCUAGAGAAGGAUACUAUGAUUAUCAAACUUUCACACCGAAAAAUGAGGAGAAGAAGGACAUUGAGGACUCAAAAUUUAGUUCGAGGGAGAAGGAGAUAGCAGAGAAUAUGAAAAUCCUUGAUCGAUUGCUGUCGGAGGAUUCUAGUGAGAAAGAUAUUGAUAAUUCAUUGGACGGGAAGAUAAUGUCUGAGGAGACGAAGAGAGUUGCUAGAGCGAUUCGCAAGCAGAAGCCGGGAUUCUUUUGGACACUCGCUAGAGUCACCUUCGAAACCUUCAACGACACAAAGUCAGCCAUUCAGCAGAUCAGCGACAUGAUCAACAAGAGCAUAGCGCCAGACUCGGUCACUCAAGGCUCUGUACCCAGAGCUUCUUUGACAGCUACUGCAGCUUCCACGUCUCCGAAGAACGCCAGUUCCACAAAUGCGACGGAAACGACAACCGUAACACCUACAACCACCACGGAAGAGAACUUCGUGCUGACCAGAAGUAGUCUACAGAGCUUGAUCAGGAGAAACGUCCUGGGUUUGGUAAAACUGUUCAAUAUCGAGUGGAGCGACGCGAUAAACCAAUCGGAGAUCAACGUCCAGCAAUUCCAAAAGGACUUGGGCAAGCAAGUUGGUUCCUACCUGCGUGACAACCCUAACGCAUACUGAGGCUCCUGAUAAUUCUGUGGACACUUUCUCCAUCACGUGGCUAAAGACUGAAUCUCUUCCAUCGAUUCCAUUUUUUAUUUAUAUAGAUAUCUGAUAAUGUACAAUUCGAAUUAAAGUUACUGCGAUCGACACACGAGGCACCGACUCGCCCGACAACCGGCAGCCGGCAGUCGAAGGCCACCCAAAUAGGUCGUUGCAAAACACAGAAAAGCCAGAGGUUCGCCCGGGUUACAUCACCAUUGAAGAUCAUCGUCCGAUAUUUAUGUAACUUAGCCCCGAAGUCGACCCACAUGCUGGCAAGACCUGCGGGCGAGAAUAAUCAGCGAGAAAGAGGACCGACUGGAUCAGACGCGAAUCGGAGAAGACCGAUUGCGGUAAGUAGAAAGCACCAUGUUGCCGUUUUCAAUUGGUCGACCGUCGGCGUGGGAUCUCCGGUCCCGGGUCUUUAUAUGUGGAUCACUGGCUGCAAUCCUCGCGAGUCCCGUGGAUCCUCGGAGGACGCAGGACAACGUGCCGGAUCUAGUGAACUAAUUUUGAACUUUCGUCGAGCCAGUGCCUUGUCCGGUGAGUGCCGUGAUCUGAAUCGUGUCACCGAUCGCCACUUUCCAGGCUUUGAUGUAUGCCUGGGAAUGCACCUGGCGAGCUGCAUCGAGCCGAGCUCAUUUGCUUUCAGAUUGGACUCAAUUAUAGCGCGCAAUUUCUUUCUUUAUUUCGUUGGAACGAUGGGGACCGGUUUAGCUUGCUUUGUGAGUCGGGAUUUAAUGAUGUAAAUUACUGUAAUUUUGCAAUAGGGUUGGUUGUUGACGCAUCGAAGAAAGUGCAGUAGCGACGUGCGUCGAAUGUUCAUGCGAAUUUAGAAUUUUGUAGGCUAAUUUGGAGACAAUGAGACUAAAUGAUGGUUUAGAGCUAGAAUGCAAAUUUUGUGCAUUUCUGAUGGAAAUGUAGAUUAAGUAAGCUAAUUUGGUGCAUUUUUGUUAAGAUCUUACUGUUACAGCAUAGAAAUUAAUAGAGUGCAAUAACGUCCGUAUAGCAUUGUCUUCUCAUCAAUAUUAUUAGAAUAGAUUCUAUGCAUUAUAAAAAAAAAUUGUUUGCACAGAGUCUGCAAUCUAGCAGUUAUAUCGAAUAAAAUUUGCAAUGAACUCUUUGCAUCAUUCUCUCUUAAAAAUUGUUAACAACUCAAUCUAGUUUUUCAGCAGAAUGUAAUUACUCUCUUGUGUUAGAAGAAAUAAAAAAAAAAGUAUUACAA